GGCUACACUGGCGAAUCAUAUGUAAAUGCGUGCGUACUUUGUUUUUGAAAACCAGUCAGAGUCCUUUGGAAAACUUAAUUUUUGCAUUUAUAAUAAAAUUUCACCAAAGAAUGUGGCUUCUGACAAACAUUACUACUGGAAAUGUGCUCAUUGUAAUCAGCGAAAAGUCCAAAUACACUGUCGGACGCGUUGGCGCGGACCUGGUAAUUGCAGACGAUUCUUCAAUAAGUCGUACUCAUGCAUUCGUACACAUUACCACAACAGAAAUUAGCGAUAGGGAAAGUAUAAGUGGAAAUCAUGUGAAAGAAAUGCUAGAGCUUGAAGAUGGGGGAUCUAAAUAUAGCACAUUUCAUAAUGACGGCAUUUCUAAAGGCGUGGGAAUUCCGAAACAAAAGCGUAUAAUUCUAGCCGAAGGAGAUCGUAUACGUUUUGGUGUUUUGAAAAACAUUUGGACUGUGUUGAAUAUUACUCCUCGGAUUACGUUGUCAAUUUUGCCUGCCGAUCAGAUCAUUCAGUUGAAACAACAUGUACAGGUGCUCGGGGGUUGUAUUUUGAACGACUGGGACGACGAAUAUACCCAUCUAACAAUGGCGGAGAUAAACUUGUCCUCGAAACUAUUGCAUGCAAUACUGGACCAGAGACCAAUUGUGACUUGCGACUAUUGGUGUAGUGUAGUGCAGGCGGCGCGUCGUGGUCGGCGAUCAUUACCAAAAGUUGAAGCUUAUACUCCACCGAAUCCUCAGAAUUUCGACUUAAAAUAUCGUGAAGAAAGAAAGAAAUUGUUUGCCAAGCUAACAUUUGUAUUUCUCCAUGCGCAUCAUUUUAAAAAGUAUGCGCCGAUAGUAGAGAAAGCUGGUGGAAAAAGUAAGCAUUUAAAUGUGGGCGUACAAAAAUCUUUUCUCGUUAGAAAAGAUGUAGUUGUUAUACAGUAUGUACCAUCUACAGAAUCACAAAGUUCAGAAACUAUUAACACAGUUGAAGAUUGUCUUAAACUUCAUUCGCGACGCACUGUACCUGAAUUCGAGAUCGGUUUGGCAAUUAUACAGUGUUCGAUUGAAAAAUUCUGUAAUCCAAGCUAUAAUGAAAACGACAACUUAGCCUCUACCUCAAAAUUAUCAGAAUCUAAGGAGCCACAGUCUUCUGUUUUGGCUUCUUCCAACUUUUCUAAUAUUGCAGAUCUACUAGAUAGCAACCAAACGGAAAUUUUUAUCCCCGAAACUGUUGAGAAAAGUACAUCUAGCACCCAUUUGACGGACAAAUCACCGGCUGCAUCAACUGCGUCAGGAGUGGAACAAACUGAUUCAGUAACCAUAGAAUCACAAGAUUUUCAACCAGAAGAAAAUAAUUCAAGUGAUGCUGCCAUGUCUUCCCUCCAAGUAACCGAAAGUGCCCAGGAGGUCAACAAACGCAAGCGCACAAGAGGUAAGGCAGUAAACACAGCUGAUAAUGCUAUUUCUCAAAUGGAUAGUGAAGAUGAUGAGCUCUUCAACUUUGCUGCUAAAAAGGCACAUUUAGAAGAGAAUAAGAAUUCACCGGUGGAACGUAAAAAUAGGCAGCAAAGUAAAUCUACUCACUCACCACUUGCUGAGCAUGCGUCGACAUCUGCUGCCGCCAUUGCAAAGCAAACACCUAAAUCAGCUAUUAAACAGUUGCCAAUUGAGAUCAAUAAACGCCCGACCAGAAAAACUGUGAUAGAUAUGUCGGGUUUCUUAGAGAAAUCGCAACGCGUCUCUAACGCGCAAGAUGCGGCUGACAAAAGCGCCACAACCGACAAUGAGACUUCGAAGAAAGCGUCAAAACGCGCACGCAUUGCUGAUAUAGACAACAGUGAUGAUGAUGAUUUGUUUUGUUUCGGUGGAAAAAGUCUUUCUAAUGACGACACAAAUAAUGCUAAACGUGCGCGUCCUUCCAAUGAUGACGGAGGUUGUGACUCGGAUGAGGAUUUGUUCGACUUUGGUGGAGCUGAUGCUGAUGAGCAAAGUUCUUCUAAAGAUGCUAUUGAUGUUGAGAGAUCGAACGAGCCGGUAGCAACGGCAAAUAAAAUAAACCAAAUAGUAAUGCCAAAACCGAAACCAUUGCCGGCUAAAGUUAGCGUCGCAGAUUGGCUUGAUUGUUCACUAAGUGCUUUAAGCAUCAAAGCGGAACAAUGUAAAGAUGAAGUGGAUGCUGUAAAGAAAGAGAAUAAUGAUUCUGGCGUUGAGGGUGAUAGCAAAGAAAUUGAACCCAUUAAAGGAGGAUGCGUUGUAACAGUUGUGAGCACAAAGUCUAUACUACAUGAAAGAGAUAUAAGGAGCGUGGUGGACAAUGAGAAUGAAAAAAAUGAUUCCAACAAAAAUAUUAAAAACUUUAAAAAGUUUACUAAGAAAUUCCGUCCACAAAACCGUAGGGUGAUUCGUACUGUUUCGUCCACCGUGGGCGGUCCAUUGAUUUAAUGCCAAACAAUUUGAUCGUUAAAAAUUUAUUCUAAGAAA